AAAUGUUCCUGAUGGUGGCACCGUUGCAGGCGCAAGAAAGAUGAAAGGAGGCCCUGCUAUACUCUUCUGAGCUGUUCAGGUGAUAUUGCGUAGGUUUGAAUCACCUAAACAUCGCAACCGGCUAGCUACUUGGUGUUACCCUCGUGUUACCUAUCACAAAAGAGCUUGGGAGGAAUACGAGGUAAUCUGCGCGUUCAUUUCCUUCCUUGGGGUUGCUUGGCUAGCCUCAAGGCAUUUUGACGCGAGCGGUGAUUGUGAGAGCAAGAGGGCUCAAGCCUCGCCGGUACUAUUAGUUCAGGUGUUUGGAGGCAAGAUGCACCAGUCCUUGGAGGCUUCUCCCACCAACAUGAGUAUUCGGGAGAGUGACAACACACGGUGGAUUGAACAGGGUGCUGAGGACAGCAAGUGGGAAGAGGUGAAGCAGAGGAGGCGGCCAGGGAGAGCCACAGAGCCUUGGCAAGCUGUGAACACCACAAGUUACCUUGGGGAUAUUCACAAUCUGUGGCUAGGGGAGAACAAGGAGACAAGUUUCAGGCCCUGGAGGGAUCCACGGAGGGCAGUCUGGCCGGAGGAUCUGCAGACUCUUCAGAAGCUGCUAGUGCAUAGGCGAAGGCAGGCCUUUAGGGAGUGCAUCAGGAAGCAGUUUCAAGACCCGUUGCCUCCCGCUGGAGUCCCCAACAACUGGCAAGCUUUGGUCGCAAACGCAGCCUCAGAGAGAUGCGGGAGAGAAGGGGGCGACGGACUGGCCUACUUGGAUCAGAAUGUAGUCACAGAGGGAGCAGUGGCUGGUUUGGAAGCUGCUGAGAAAGAUGGUUCCAGUGUGACGGUUGUCUGCCCUAACCAGGAAGCAGAUGAGCCAGAAGCUAGUGCAGCCUCCUGUAGUGCGGAGCUGGUGCCAGGGAGAGCCGCAGGAUCAGAGCACGAUGUCAGCAGCGCUGAUGUGAGCGGGAGCGCUGAUGCGAGCGUCCUGUAUGGCAAGUACAUCCCGCAGGCAGCGGCCACAGAGCCUUAUCUGCUGCCCGAGGUGUGUCCCUCGCUGCCGCUGCAAAUGGCACUGGGGAACAGGGUUGUAACCAUUGUGACCACAGCCGCAUUGCCGUGGUUUACCGGGACCGCCAUCAACCCCCUGCUGCGAGCAGCGUACCUGGCGCUGAAUCACAGGGUGCUGGUCACUUUGAUGGUGCCGUGGCUGGAGGUGGAGGACCAGAAGCAGGUGUACCCCAAAGGAGUGGUUUUUACACAGAGGCAGGAGCAAGAGGAGCAUAUGCGCAAAUGGCUCUGGGACCGCGUCAAGCUGCCUGUCCACUUCCGCAUCGCCUUCUACCCCGCCGUCUUCGACCUGCUCAAGUUCGGCAUCUUCCCCACCCAAAAGAUCGACGUCACUGAGCUCAUCCCCCUACGCGAGCGUGAUGUCGUCAUUCUAGAAGAACCCGAGCACCUCAGCUGGUUCAACUACCAGGGGAAAUGGCGCUCCAAGUUCCGCUUGAGCAUUGGGGUGGGGCACACAAACUACAUGGACUAUUUGCGGCGCCAGGCGGGGGAGGCGUUCCCGCCGUUGAUCCCGCUGAUGUGGACGUUGAACGUGCUGCUGGUGCGGGCAAACUGUCACAAGGUCAUCCGGCUGUCUCGAGGAGUUCAGUGGUUUUUCGACUCCGUGGUCUGCAACGUGCACGGCGUCAGCCCCAACUUCUUAGACAUCGGCGAUCGCGUGCGCGAGCGUGCGCUUUCUCUCCUGGAGGACGGGUUCAGCAGCGAGGAUGAGGUCAGCAGUGCGCGAAUCCAGCCGCAGGCGGUGGAGGGAUCCCUCUCGAUCGCGCCGGAGGAACGUGCACAAGAGGGAAGGCAGCAUGAAAGGUCCGAGGGGAAUAACUUGCGGGAGCGGCGUGGGGUUAUAUGGAGCAAGGGGAAUGAGCUACAAUUGAACGGCAGGCCGGCGGUCGAACUGGUGAAGGAUGUCAGCUUGUCGAGGUGGUUGAACUCUUCGGCUGAGAGUAGAGAGGAGCAAUUUGACGAGGUAGCGGAGGCGGGUAAGAGUGGACAAGAUUUGCAGUUGACACCAAGCGGCAAAAGUGAGGCGGAGCGGACGCCAACGUCGGUUCUGCAUGGCCGAGUGUUUGAGGAGCGGGGAAGGAGGGGGGAAGUGGGGACUGCCAGUCCGAGCAUCAGCGGUCGAUCAGCGGGAGUUCCAGUGUCGGGAGAGCGACGGAGCAGGUCGCAGUUCUCCGGGGGCUGCUACUUUAUUGGGCGAGCGAUUUGGGGAAAGGGCUACCACGAGUUGUGUCAGCUUCUCAAGAAACAGAAAGAGGAGCUUGAGCUUCGUGCAGGAGAGUCAGAAGCGGGGUUUUCGGCGACCAAGGAAGGGGGACAGGGCGCUUUCAGGUCGCCGAAACACAAGGUGGUGCAGCUAGAAGACUUGGACGGUCAGGCACUGCGCCCCGGGGGGGAGAAAGUCGACCCUGAGGGGGGGGCGGUUCCGCUGGUGCAGGAACGGGGGGGCGGCAGCACGUUCCGCCUCCUGAACCUGUGCAUGCGAAGCAAGUUUCUGUGGCACCUGCAGACGAUGUGGCUGAGGCGUCGGUACGGUGAUCGUCUGAAAUGGUUGGAACACGGGCGGCGCGCAUUUUGCGCGGUGCAGGGCGGGGGCGAGAGGGCCCAGCCAGGGAACCCCCCUGAAAGGGGGAUGGGCCAGCGGGCCCCCCUGGAACGGGUGCAUUCGGAGACUGGGGAGGUGAACAGCAUAGUGGGAUUGGACCGAGCGCCAUGUGGGGGGGGCUGUGAACGAUCAGAAGAAGCAAGGGGGGAAGCAUCUGAGGAGGAGACUGGCGGCCCGUGUGGCGGGAAGAGUUUUGCAAAUGGGGGUGUGUCUGAGAGAGGCGCUGCAGGGGGGGGUUUGGCAGACUUGGUGCACGUUGACUGCUAUGGGACGGGGCCGCAUGAGGGGGAGAUUGAGGCGUUUGCGAAGGAGCACGCGCUUCCGCUGACGUUUCACGGGAGGAUCGACCACAAGGAGCUCGUUCAGUACAAGGUAUACGUCAACCCUGCCAUCAGUGACGUGGUGUGCACGGCGACCGCGGAGGCGCUGGCGAUGGGCAAGUUUGCUGUGAUUGCGGAUCACAAGUCGAACGAGUUCUUCAAAGAUAACUUCUCGGGCAACUGCAUCACCUUCCCCUCGGACGACCCCGACGAGUUCCUGCGCUGCCUCCACUUCGCGCUGGCGCACGAGCCCGCACCGCUGACGGCAGAGCAGAGAAGGCUUCUGACUUGGGAAGCAGCGACCGAGCGUUUCAUGCAAGCGGCUGGGUUGUAGGCAGUCGAGUCCACAGGUGAUUCAAAGUUACGGGUGGGUAAAAGGGCAAAGGUAUAUUCUUUGGUAUGUAUCAAGGGGCGGUGGUAUAGCUGCAUCAAAAUGCCAUUGUAGAAAGGUUUUAUGGCCCUUUUCGUUAUGAUCAAGCCGCGCUGAGCAGAAUCCUGUACAGAUUCACGAAGAUACAUAGGUCGAACUUACGAAUGUACUUGGUACCGGAGAAACCACAGUAGGUACGUUAUAAAGGCAUUCAAUAAUAACAAGCUCGCACAUGGUUUAAGGUGGUAAGACGGUAUUCUACAGUGGGAGCGCAUUCAAAACCCUAAAACUUGAUGUACACAUCAUGGAUUCACAUUCC